GCCCCCCGAAAGGCGGUGAUACUUGGCAGAAAUAAUCCUCCCGAAAGAUUUCCCCAGAGAAUCUCAAGUCCAUCCGGCCGUAGCUAAACCAGCCCUCCCACUUCAACGACCGUGUUCCUCAUCUCAUCUCAUCACAACCAUGAACUUCCCGGGAAUGACACCUUCAGGCGGCGCCGCCGCACCGCCUGGGAUCGGCGGGCCUCAAGAUCCUAACGUUAAAGCUGUUCAAUCUGCGAUGGAGUCUUGUUUUGGAAAGUCAGUCAUGUCGGGAGUUAUGGGAUUCGGUAUGGGUGGUUUAUUCGGAAUGUUCAUGGCCUCUAUGUCCUACGAUACACCUUACCACACAGCCGCCCCCGGUAGCCCGCAAAGCACAAUCACAUCGCUUCCUCUCAAGCAACAACUCAAGAUCGGAUUCAAGGAUAUGGGAACACGAUCAUGGUCUAUGGCCAAGAACUUCGGAAAAGUUGGCGCUUUGUACUCUGGCGUAGAGUGCGGUAUCGAGGGCCUGCGAGCGAAGAACGAUCUUACCAACAGUGUCGCCGCAGGAUGUUUGACGGGUGGUAUUCUGGCCAAGAAUGCUGGCCCUCAAGCUGCUGCAGGUGGUUGUUUGGCUUUCGCAGCAUUCAGUGCGGCCAUCGAUGCAUACAUGCGAUCACCACCCAAGGACGACUAAAUGCUGGCAGCUGAUAUAAACAAAAUUGGGGUUCGAAUAAGCGGGUUAAGAGAUGUAUAAAUAUGCUUGGAUUUUCUACAGACGUGGGAGUUUACGGUAAUCAUAUUCUAGAGCAUAGGGCGGCGUUGGGAGACGGACUCUCUCCUCUUUUGGAAUCUUCGCCACUGAAUGUACGAAGGCGGCACAAGGAUAGAUAUGGAGAUGAUGAUAUGGCACUUGUAUUAACAGGUAUUUUAAGACCCGCACUUCAUAGAGGAACUGCUCAUGCAGAGUCCACGAGUCUACACUGUAAUCUUAGCA